AUGGACCUUAUACUUAAAACUGAUCCAAAUUUUAAAAAUUGCACAACACAGGAUCUUUGUGUUUCUCAGAACGCACUUAAUGCUGCUUGGGAUUUCUUUACUAAUACUGUCCUAACAUCUGCCAAAAAACACUUACCCAAACAAACAAUCACUUCCUGUCAUAAUUCUUUAUUCAC